CAUAAAAUCUCCUAAUUCUAACGAGAAAUCACGAACAGAAACAAGACCGAUUGUUGAUCGAGGAAAAGAAAGUGAUCUAUCCACUGGAAAUCUCAAGAAAAAUUGGUUGAAGAAGCAAGAAAGACCGGCUGAAUUUCGUCCUGGGAGCCAUACUACUAUAGCAGUUUGGAAUUUGGAAUCUGCCCAAAAAAUUAGAGAAAUGGCAUUGCGUGCUGGUCGUUUGAUUCAAGAUCAGAAUUUGAAUGUUCACUAUAAUGGAGUUUCUGUUGGGGGGCAGAAAAAAGUUUCGAAAGCACCAAAAAAAGGAGGGACUGCAGGAAGGAAACCGCUUGGUGAUUUAUCAAAUUCGGUAAACCCUAUUCAAAAGCAGGCACCAAAAAAGGAGAAUGGCCAUGGUUUCUCCAUUGCUGACAAAGGGACAAUUACUACUUCUAAGAUCCCAGUUGAUGCAAACAGAAAGAAUAGCGUCUCUAAUGCCUCCGAGAGAGUGCUGCAGAAUGAUUCCAGGAAAGCUCUUUCUGAUAUUUCAAACUCGGCCAAGCCCUGCAUGCGAGUGACCGCAGAGAAAAAUCUUAAUGCAAAGCGAAGCAUUGUGAUAGAAGAGGAAUGUUUUCUUCACAACCAUCAGGAAUGCAUCAAAGCGCAAAAACAAGCUAUGCAUAUGGAUGAGUUUCUACAGAUGGUUGGACUGGACAAGGAUUUCUCCAGACAAUCAACACUUUCAAAGACACCUCCAAUAUCAAACAAGACAAAGCCUAAGAGUUCCCUGAAAAGCUUGGAACCACUGGAGAUACCUGGGCUGCUGAUUGAAGACCAAUCUCCUCUGAAGCACAACUUGUGUAGCAAACUUGUCUCUCCAUCUGCUACCAGAACUCCAGAACCGCCUAAUCAUUUUGUGCACUGGGCUGACCAUGACAUCGUCAGCUUUAGGUUGAUUGAAACACCCUACGUUCCAAAGCAUUAAUUGCCCUUGAAUCUGCAUCACUGCUACAUGAGUAGUAUAUAAGCAGCAACCGCUUUUAGUAGUAGUAGUUUCUUACUCUGGGAUGAAUCUUGUAUGCAAUUAUGUGUUGCAGUCGGGAUUAAUUGGAAUGAAAACGUUUUGCAUACUAGAAUC